AUGGCUCGUUUGCUGCGACGGAUCGACUCACUCUUCUUCUCGCUUCUCUCCCUUGGGGGAAAGAACCCAACUUCGCGAAUAUGCGUCUUGUUGUUCUUCUCGUGGUUCCUUUGGAGGAUUUGGAAGUUCUCGGUCGCUCCUAAAUGGUAUCCCAAUAGGCCUAAGACGUACCCGUAUUGGAUCCCAUUUGUUGGCCAUACGCUUUCAUUCUUCCGCGACGGUGAUGGAACGAUAAUGCGAGCAAGGAUGUACUUCAAAAACGAUCGAGCACCAUUCAAGCUGGUCAUCAUGGGGGAAACGGUCUAUGUGGUAACGUCACCUCAGGAUACUGCCUCCGUGCACAGGCAAAUCGAAAACCUUUCUAUGGACAAUUGGAUUAAAGAAUUGAUGGUUCAGUUCGGAGCAACUUCAGCAUCCAUCAAUGCCAUGUGGAGUCCCAAGGCAAUGCAGAGUGCUUCGAAAGAACCAUUAGCUCAUGUCUGCCAGCUGCUUUUCCGUCUGCAAUUAAAUCCAGGCGAGUACUCGAAUCAGGUCCAGGAGCGGGUUCUUCGGAAGAUUCACGAGAGAAUGACAUGGGAAGAAAUGCCAACCUCCAUGAUUUUGUCAGAAGCACACAACUCGCGUGUUAUAUCGCUUCUUCAUUGGUCGCAAAACGUGCUCCUCCAAGGGGCCACGACUUCGUUCUUUGGGAAAGCACUCCUCGAGGUUGAACCAGAACUGUUCAAGUAUUUCUUCAAAUUCGACGAGAGCAGUUGGAAGCUUUCCUACAGAAUCCCACCGCUUUUGGCGAAGGAUCUUCUCAGGGCCAAAUCCUUUGCUCAAGAUGCAAUGCAGCGAUAUUUUGAUUUACCUGCUGCAAGUCGUGCAGAUGCUUCCUGGCUCGUGCAAUCAAUCGAGGCAAAAAUGAGGGCCAGUGGCAUACCAUCACGAGACAUUGGAAGGUUGGUGCUAAUGUUUUACUGGACGAUCAAUGCCAAUGCCUGGAAAUCUUCAUUCUGGAUGCUCACGUAUAUUAUCAAUGACUCCAAUCUCCGACAGAGUAUAUUGGAUGAAGUUACUCCACUCCUCGCCAAUAACUCGCUGCUUUCUCCAGUCGAACUGGCCGCUCAGUUGUGUGAAUGUCUUUGCCUAACCUCCGUAUACAAUGAGGUGCUUCGUCUCACUGCAUCAUCGGUCUCUGUUCGAACAGUAGUUGGCCCGGCCGCCAUUGGAGAUCUAGUGCUAGAAAAAGACGCCAGAAUUGUUGUUCCCUAUCGUCAGAUGUUGCUAGACGAAGCUGUUUUUGGGCCGGAUACUAACGAAUUCAACCAUGAGAGAUUUCUACAGAAUCCAUCAUUAGCCAAAAGUUCGAGCUUCAAGCCUUUCGGUGGUGGUGUCACUCUUUGUCCAGGACGCCAGCUAGCACAAAGGGAGGUUCUGUCGUUUGUUGCGCUUGCUCUCUGUAAAUUUGAUUUGAAUAUGGGCGAGCCUCUUAGCAACAGUCAUAGAAAUGUACCCGAACUGGAAGCAAGGAUUCCAUGCAUCGGUAUCAUGGGUCCGGUAGCCGGACAGGACGUCCACACACGUGUGAUAAGAGUUUAG